AUGACUUCAACAGACAGACCCUGUACUGCUUUCCCCGGACGUCUCUGUUUUCCUGACACAUCAACAUUGUCAGAGCCGAUUGCUGAAUCCCACACUCCUGGAGCUCAAAAACGAAAGCUGUGGAAGCCACCUCCACUUCCUCUCCCAGUUAAUCACCCGAAUGAUGAGAAUGGAAAUAAACGAUUUUCCGCAGAAUUCUGUCAACAGGGGAGCCCAUGGGGAAAAUAUCAACGAUUCACAAGAGAGGGCCAGUCCAAGACCCUGUAUUUGGCCUCUGAGCAUUCUGCGGCCUGCACUGUUGUGGCAAUCAAGGAAUAUAAGCUCUCCGAGCCAAAUACUAUUCAGAAUCUCCUCAAGACAUCACAUUCAAAUCUGGUGAAUUUGAAGAGUGCCUAUGUGAAUAAAUCUGUUGUAUUUUUUGUUUAUGAACAAAUGCAUCUCUCACUGGACAAGAUUCACUCUUGCAUUGUGUUGAAGGAGGCUCACAUUGCUGCAGUGUGCAAAGAGCAUGUUUUUCUGGCAUUUUCUGGUGGACCGGGCUGCCUCGGGCCUCUCGCCCUGGAGGCCGGACGAUUUGCAAAAAUUGACUGGGAACCAUUUCAAUCAUAA